CUAUUCACCACAAUGCAUUGCCUGAAAAGUCUUAGGACAGCUAACCCAGGAGUCUUGCAGCUUUUUAAAAAUACAGGGAUCUCCGGCAGAGUUGGAGCUGACAGCAUUGUCUUGUCCAGGACGCAGCAGCAGCAACCUGUUCCUCUCCCCUGCUGGGCCGCAGCAUCACCUCACACCCACAGAGCCUUUCAUCAGCAGACAAGCACUGAUGUGGACCAGAAACAAAACAGGAGUCGGUGGAUGUCCAGUAUGGAGGACCUGCUUUUCUACACCAUAACUGAAGGAAAAGAGAUGAUCCUCCUCUCCCAGUUCAUCUCUGCUUUGAGAAAAACAGGUUUGUUGACGUCUGACCCUCGGCUGCGUGACUGCGUCCAUCAGAUGCGGCUCCUCACGCGUGACUCUCUUGGGCCUGUCAUGAUGGACAAGAAGCUGUUCAGGAGGUGUGUGGGCAACAACAUCAUGCUCCUGACUAAAGCAUUCAAAAAAAAGUUUGUCAUCCCAAACUUUGAAGAGUUCACCCAGCAGGUCGAUAAUAUGUAUGACAGGGCACAAAAGCAGGAAGCUGGACAGGUAGCUGAUUAUAUCCCCCAACUGGCUAAGUUCAGCCCUGAUCUCUGGGGUGUGUCUCUGUGCACCAUUGAUGGACAGAGACACUCUGUGGGUGACACAAAGGUUCCCUUCUGUCUGCAGUCGUGCGUGAAGCCUCUGGAAUACGCCAUAGCCGUGCACGAUCUGGGCAGCGAGCACGUUCACAACUUUGUGGGCAAAGAGCCCAGUGGAUUCAAGUUCAACAAACUGUCCCUUAAUGAUGACCUGAAACCACACAACCCGAUGGUGAAUGCUGGAGCCAUUGUGAUCACCUCUUUAAUUGAGCCUCAGUCAAAUAAGGCCCAAAGGUUUGACUAUGUGAUGGAUUUCUUGAAGAGUAUGGCUGGUAGAGAGUUUGUGGGCUUCAGCAAUGCAACUUUCCAGUCAGAGAGGGAGACUGGGGACAGGAAUUUUGCGAUUGGUUAUUACCUCAAAGAGAAAAAAUGCUUUCCUGAAAAUUCUGACAUGAUCGCAGCCCUUGACUUCUACUUCCAGUUGUGCUCCAUUGAGGUGAAUUGUGAGUCAGGAAGUGUCAUGGCUGCCACACUAGCCAACGGGGGGAUUUGCCCAACCACAGGCGACCGUGUGCUGAGUGCCGAAGCAGUUCGGAACACUCUGAGUCUCAUGCACUCCUGUGGCAUGUACGACUUCUCAGGACAGUUUGCCUUUCAUGUGGGCUUGCCAGCUAAAUCUGGGGUGUCAGGUGCUGUUGUGUUGGUGGUCCCAAAUGUCAUGGGUAUGAUGUGUUGGUCGCCUCCUUUAGAUCGGCUUGGGAAUAGUGUCCGUGGCAUUCACUUCUGUCAGGAACUGGUGUCUCACUUCAACUUCCACAACUACGACAACCUGAGGCACUUCACCAAGAAACACGAUCCCAGGAGAAAAUCUGACAAUGACCCCAACAAGUCCGUGGUAAAGCUGAUGUUUGCAGCCUACAGCGGUGACGUCGCUGCUCUAAGAAGGUUUGCCCUUUCAGCUGUGAACAUGGAGCAGACAGACUAUGACUCUCGCACCGCGCUCCACAUCGCUGCAGCAGAAGGUCGCGUGGAAGCUGUUGUGUUCCUCACUGAUAUCUGUAAAGUGAAUCCUCACAUGAAAGACAGAUGGGGAAACACACCUAUAGAUGAUGCCGUGCAGUUUGGCCAUGAAGUGAUUGUUUCACUCAUGCAAGAGUACCAGAGUAUGUACAACGAAACAGAGUCCCAUUCCAACACAGAGGAACAGAAGCCAGCACUGGAUACUCUGAAGAGCAUCGUUUAAGGACUAACAAAGGUUUAAUAUGGUAACUAAUCUAUUUUAAAUAUGCACCUAAGGGGAAUGAAGGGCAAGGGGUGGUUGACGAACAUGAAUAAUCAAGGGGGGGGUCUUCAUUAGACUGUUGGAAAGGUAUAGGGUGGAAAAUGAACUAUCUCUGCAGUCUGGAAGAGUAGUUCAGCAGAGUAAAGUAUCAGUACAGAGCUGUAUUCACAGGCAGUGUGGAGACAAACGACAUGAAAUUAAGUCAUGAUUUGGUAUUUGUAAAAGUACUAAUGAACUUCCCUGUAAAUAACUAUUCAUUGUGCUUAUUUAUUGUUAAAUGUUGCUUCAGCAUUCUGUCAUUGAAUCAGAGGGUUCCAUGCCCCCUGUGUACUGACAGUAUAAAUAUUCCUAAAACUGCUUCAUUGUUAUUCUACCGCAUCAGGAGGAGCUUCUGUUGCAUGUCUUUCUUAAUGCUGGAAGGACUGUAGUUAUAGUGUGCAGCUGUGCAUCAAUACUUAGGCAUAGGCUACUUUAGUCGCUGCUUGUGUUGACAUUAUAUUUUUUCUUUUAAAAGUUAUAUUUUUGGGGCAUUUUCGCCCUUUAAUGGAAAGGAAAGCUGAGGAGAGACAGGAAAUGUGGGGAGUAGGUGUAGAGAGUGGGGGAAGACAUGCAGGGAAUGGCCGAGGCCUGGAGUCGAACCUGCAGCUGCUGUGACGAGGACUAAAAACUCUGGCUGUUUCUGAAACCGCCUACUAUACUAGCAGUACGUACUGAU